AUGGCAUCUCUGGGGCUGCAGAUUCUGGGCGUUGGGCUGGCGGUGCUCGGAUGGAUAGGAAACAUACUGAUCUGUAUGCUGCCCCUGUGGAAGGUGUCUGCUUUCAUUGGGAACAACAUUGUGGUGGCUCAGAGCAUCUGGGAAGGACUGUGGAUGACCUGUGUGGUGCAGAGCACGGGCCAGAUGCAGUGCAAGGUGUACGACUCCCUGCUGGCCCUGCCUCCUGACCUCCAGGCGGCCCGGGCCAUGGUAGUCAUCGCCAUCCUGUUCUCUCUGUUUGGCCUGCUGCUCUCUGUAGUUGGAGGGAAGUGCACCACGUGCAUUGGGGACAAAGCAGCAAAAGCCAGAGUGGCCAUCUCAGCAGGUGUUUUCUUCAUCCUGAGCGGGGCUCUGUGUCUGGUGACUGUCUCCCUGCCUGCUAACACUAUCAUAAAGGAUUUCUACAACCCCCUGGUUCCUGAUGCCCAGAGGAGAGAGCUGGGUGCGUGUUUGUACGUGGGCUGGGGAGCAUCGGGACUGCUGCUGAUCGGUGGUGCUCUUCUCUGCUGUCAGUGCCCGUCAGGAAGAGACCGCUAUAAUGGACCGAAGUACUCCCCGCCCAAGUCCACAACACCUGGGAAGGAAUUUGUCUGAGCUGGAGGCUCCUUUUGAAAAGUGGCUGACUUUACAUAUAGUACAAACCUGUUGCUUAUCCAAGUGUGAUUUGCAAUUUGACUAACUUCUUUUAACUAACACACUGCUGCCUUUUGUUUCUGAGAAAUGCAAGAGACUCUAAGGUAUGUGGCAUAUUAGAUUAAUGCGUCAUUGAGUUAGGACCAGAGUUUUUUUUUAAAUUCAGUCAUUGUUUUGUAUCAUAAUUUCAAUAUUAAUUCAGACUCUCCUGGUGUUUUUAUUGUCUUUUUUGCAACAUCUUUUUCGCCAUGUGAAAUUUAUUUUU